GGCGGCGGCCGGCGCGGCCCAGCAGGCCCAGCAGCCCCGGGGCGGAUGGCUCGGCCCGCCGGGCUCUGCCGCGCGGCCCCGCGCGCUCUCCUGCUCCUGCUGCUGCUGCUGCUGCUGCUCCCGCCGCUGCUGCUGGCCCGGGCCCCCCGGCCACCGGGCGCCCACCGCCGCCACCCACUGAGGAGGGGGCUGCAGCCCUGGCAUGAAGCUCCUCCCAGCAGCCUGGCGCCUGGCCCUGCAGCCCAGGAGGUGACCCGGCCGCCUGGCGGCCCCAGCCCUCCCCGCUGUGGUGUGCCUGACCCGCCUGACGGGCCAAGUGCCCGCAACCGACAAAAGCGCUUCGUGCUGUCGGGAGGGCGCUGGGAGAAGACAGAGCUCACCUACAGGAUCCUCCGGUUCCCAUGGCAGCUGGUGCGGGAGCAGGUGCGGCAGACGGUGGCAGAGGCCCUACAGGUGUGGAGCGAGGUGACGCCACUCACCUUCACUGAAGUGCACGAGGGCCAUGCUGACAUCACGAUCGACUUCACCAGGUACUGGCAUGGGGACAAUCUGCCAUUUGAUGGACCUGGGGGCAUCCUGGCCCAUGCCUUCUUCCCCAAGACCCACCGAGAAGGGGAUGUCCACUUUGACUAUGAUGAGACCUGGACUAUUGGGGACAACCAGGGAACAGACCUCCUGCAGGUGGCAGCCCACGAAUUUGGCCACGUGCUUGGGCUGCAGCACACGACGGCUGCUAAGGCCCUUAUGUCCCCUUUCUACACCUUCCGCUACCCGCUGAGCCUCAGCCCAGAUGACCGCAGGGGCAUCCAGCACCUAUAUGGCCGGCCUCGGCCAGCCCCCACCUCCAGGCCCCCGGCCCUGGGCCCCCAGGCUGGGGUGGACACCAACGAGAUUGCACCACUGGAGCCGGAAGCCCCACCAGAUGCAUGCGACGUCUCCUUUGACGCGGUCUCCACCAUCCGUGGCGAGCUCUUCUUCUUCAAGGCAGGCUUUGUGUGGCGGCUGCGUGGGGGCCGGCUGCAGCCUGGCUACCCUGCACUGGCCUCUCGCCACUGGCAGGGACUGCCCAGCCCUGUGGAUGCAGCCUUCGAGGAUGCUCAGGGCCACAUCUGGUUCUUCCAAGACAGGGAACGGAGGCUGGGAGAGUCUGUGGCGGUGGUGGCGGCUGGGCAGGCCUGUGGUGGCUGGCCAUGGCAGUUGCGCAGCUCCGUUGCAGCCUCCCCCCUCUGGCAGGUGCUCAGUACUGGGUGUACGACGGCGAGAAGCCAGUCCUGGGUCCCGCACCCCUCUCGGAGCUGGGCCUGCUGGGGGCCCCAGUCCACGCCGCCUUGGUCUGGGGCCCCGAGAAGAACAAGAUCUACUUCUUCUGUGGCGGAGACUACUGGCGCUUCCACCCCAGCACGCGCCGUGUGGACAGUCCCGUGCCCCGCCGGGUCACUGACUGGCGAGGGGUGCCGUCUGAGAUCGAUGCCGCCUUCCAGGAUGCUGACGGCUACGCCUACUUCCUGCGUGGCCGCCUCUACUGGAAGUUUGACCCUGUGAAGGUGAAGGCCCUGGAGGGCUUCCCUCGCCUUGUGGGACCCGACUUCUUCGGCUGUACAGAAGCUGCCAACACUUUCCGCUAACCAGCUGGGAUGCCCUCAGGGCCCCUGACCCCUGCCAGGCCACUGACAUCGGCUAGAUACCUGUGGCCAUCUUUGUGCCCGUGGGCCCCAGGCACGGGACAGAGCCCAUGUCUCCUCAGGGGGCUGAGGAGGGGUGCUGCCACCAUGACAACUGCAGGGGGGCCAUGCGGGUCGUGGUCACCUGCCAGCGACUGUCUCAUACUGGGAAGGAGGCUCUGGCGUUAAUUAAGGCUGAGGGUGGUUCAGGUCAGCUCCACCCCACCUCAUGCGGGUCAUGGUCAAACCCAGCCACCCUCAAUCUUCAUCCCUGUCCCUCAGGGUAGGACCUCAGCAGGGCUGGGGGAGCUGGAGCCCUCACUGGUUGGUGAUUCUGGAGAUCUGUUCCCCAGGUUCCAGGCCAAAAGGUCCACAACCAGCUGGGGAGUGAGGGUGCUUCCUGCUGGAGCCCCCAAGCCCUGGAGGCCCCAGCAUACCUCAAACCUCAUCCCAGCACUGGGACCCUCCAGAACCAUGUAAAUGUGUGUAUAGUGUGUACAAAGUCUUUUUUUAAAAAACUAAGGACUGUUAUUAAACACGGUCAUUUUCUA